GCGGGAAUUUGGCUCUGUCAUUUCCCACUACCCCACUUUCCCUUUCACAAGUUCCAGAGUUCUUCUCACUCAAUCAACCUUUUCCCUCUCUCUCUCUAACAACAUUUUAGAGAAACUGGUUUGGUUUUGUUCAUCUGGGUUCCAGGACCUCACAUUCUCUGCCUUAUCUGUUUCUCUCUGUCAGAAGGAACAAACCAAUAAGAGACAACGAGAGAAAACAAGAAUAAGCUAUUUUUGUUGAUUCUUAUGUCAAGAUUUUGUUAAUUGUGAUUUGUUGUGCUGUUUCUCUCUUGGUUGUCUUUUUUUCUUUUUUUUUCGAUUUAUUUACUCCGGUUUGAUCUUUCACCCCAUUAUUAGGUCUAUCACCGUCUCAUUGAUCGUGAUUUCGUCUGUGAAAAAGUUGUGAAAUUUUCGCUUACUUUUCUAUCCCCACUUUCAGAAACGGUUGCUUUCUGCUGCCCCCACUCUCCAUAUAGGAACAAGAGAGAGUUUCCGUUUGUGUUUUGUUAACCAUUUACAUACACAUUUUUGCUUUUCCUCUUUCUUGUGUUUGGUUUAAUUUUAGCUGGAAAAUCUUGAUAUUAUUUUGAGAGGAAAAGUUUUUGUCGCCCUUGCAAUGGAAAAAAACUGGAUUUUGAGAUGGGUGUUGGUGGUGGGGGUGAUGUGUUGGUGUGGGGAAGGGAUUGGUGUGAAUUGGGGAACCCAAGCAACACACAAGUUACCGCCAGAAACAGUGGUUCAGAUGUUGAAGGACAAUGGGAUUCAGAAGGUGAAGCUUUUUGAUGCAGAUGAUUCGACCAUGAGUGCCUUGGCUGGGACUGGGAUUGAAGUCAUGGUGGCUAUCCCUAAUAUCCAGCUUGCUGAGAUGAAUGACUAUGGCAGGGCCAAACAGUGGGUUAAGAAAAACGUCACGCGUUACAACUUCAAUGGGGGUGUUAAUAUCAAGUAUGUAGCAGUUGGGAACGAGCCAUUUCUGAAAUCCUACAACAAUUCAUUCUUGAACAUCACCUUUCCUGCUCUGCAGAACAUUCAAAAUGCCCUUAACGAAGCAGGCCUUGGAGACACAGUGAAGGCAACAGUACCCUUGAAUGCAGAUGUGUAUCAGUCUCCAGAUAACAAUCCUGUUCCAUCUGCAGGAAUAUUCAGGCCUGAUAUCAGUGGUCUCAUGACCCAGAUAGUGCAGUUUCUCAGCAAGAAUGAUGCACCAUUUACCGUCAACAUUUACCCCUUCUUAAGUCUCUAUGGAAACGAUGAUUUUCCUUUGAACUACGCCUUCUUUGACGGUGUAGACAAUCCGGUAAACGAUAAUGGUACUCCAUACACCAAUGUGUUUGAUGCAAAUUUUGAUACUUUGGUUGCUGCUCUGAAAUCAGUGGGGUUUGGAGAGAUGCCUAUUUUGGUGGGAGAAGUAGGAUGGCCAACAGAAGGAGACAAGAAUGCCAAUGUUGGGUAUGCUACGAGGUUCUAUAAUGGCCUUCUGCCAAGGCUUGCAAGCAAUAGAGGCACGCCGCGCCGCCCAGGACACAUUGAAGUUUAUCUUUUUGGACUCAUUGAUGAGGAUGCCAAGAGCAUUGCACCAGGAAACUUUGAACGCCACUGGGGAAUAUUCAAAUAUGAUGGACAACCCAAGUUUCCAAUGGACCUUUCUGGACAGAACCAAAUCAAAUUUCUGAUAGGUGCACAGAAUGUGAAGUACCUUGCUCCCAGGUGGUGCAUGUUUAAUCCUGAUGCUAAGGAUCUGUCCAACCUUCCAGAAAACAUCAACUAUGCUUGCACCUUUGGAGAUUGCACUGCACUUGGAUACGGAUCCUCUUGCAACAACCUUGAUGCUAAUGGCAAUGCCUCUUAUGCCUUUAACAUGUACUUCCAGGUGCAGAAUCAGAACCCAAUGGCCUGCAAUUUUCAAGGUUUGGCCAAAAUUACUACGGACAAUAUCUCAACACCCACAUGCAAUUUUAUCGUUCAGAUAGCUGCUUCUUCGGCCUCUUCUUUGAUUCCCUCACUGGUUGCUUUCUUGUUUACUACUUUAUUCAUGAUCCUGUUUUGGUAGGAUUUCUUUGUACAUACAUUAGAGGUGCUAUUUUUUAUUUAUGGCUUUAUUGUUUCUUGGAGAGAUACUCUGCCUACUAUUUUUAUCAUUAAUUUACAGAUUCUUUUAAUAAAACUAUUCACAGAUUGAGCUCCGAUA